UUAUAUGAAUAUUGUUGAGCAGAGGAAAGAGAAGCAAACAAAAGAUAGAAUAUGUCGACAAGUAGGAGGAGUUCAGAUGAGAAAGUAACAACAAAGUUCACACCUCUAUUAGAUGUAACUCACCAUGAAGAGGGACAAGAAGGAGAAAAAACAAGACCCCAAGUUGAGGGAUGGUGGAACAAAGUCCUGGACUUGGAGGAGGCCAAGCAUCAACUCUUGUUUUCACUUCCAAUGAUUCUUACCAACUUAUUCUAUUACUUGAUCACUUUGGUUUCUGUAAUGCUCGCUGGCCACCUUGGCGAGCUUCAGCUUGCUGGUGCUACUUUGGCUAACUCAUGGUUCAGUGUCACUGGCAUAGCUGUCAUGGUUGGUUUAAGUGGGGCACUGGAAACACUUUGUGGACAAGGAUUCGGUGCAAAAGAGUACCGGGUGUUGGGAAUUUAUCUGCAAGCAUCUUGCAUCAUAUCUCUUAUCUUCUCUAUCAUUAUAUCCAUUAUUUGGUUCUAUACAGAACACAUCCUAGUGUUGCUUCAUCAAUCUCAUGACAUUGCCAAAACUGCUGCCCUUUAUACCAAGUUUCUAGUCCCCGGAAUAUUUGCAUAUGGCAUCUUGCAAAAUAUCUUGAGGUUUCUUCAAACACAAUCUGUUGUAACUCCAUUGGUGGUCUUCUCAGCUAUUCCACUUUUGGUUCAUAUUCUUAUUGCAUAUGCCUUGAUUCACUGGACAGAUCUCAGCUUUAAAGGUGCUCCAAUUGCAGCUUCUAUUUCAUUAUGGAUAUCCAUACCAUUGUUGGCCUAUUAUGUUAUGUAUGCAAAGAAGUUCAAGCAGACAUGGGAAGGAUUUUCAAUGCAUUCAUUCCAUUACAUAUUCACAAACUUGAAACUAGCUUUGCCCUCUGCAGCAAUGGUAUGUUUGGAAUAUUGGGCUUUCGAGAUUAUGGUUUUCUUAGCUGGAAUUUUGCCUAACCCAGAAAUAACUACUUCCUUGAUUGCAAUAUGUGCAAACACAGAACUAAUUGCAUACCUGAUAACUUAUGGUCUUAGUGCGGCUGCAAGCACAAGGGUUUCCAAUGAAUUGGGAGCAGGUCACCCGGAUCGAGCUAAGAAUGCAAUGAGUGUCACUCUCAAGCUCUCUCUCCUCCUUGGUUUGUGUUUUGUUUUGGCACUUGCAUUUGGUCAUAAUAUCUGGAUUCAGCUGUUUACUAGUAGUUCUGCUAUCAAAGAGGAGUUUGCUUCAGUGGCACCCUUUCUUGCAAUUUCCAUACUACUAGAUUCUGUUCAAGGUGUCUUGUCAGGGGUGGCCAGAGGAUGUGGUUGGCAGCACUUGGCUGCUUUUGUCAACCUUGCAGCUUUUUAUCUUAUUGGUUUACCAAUAUCAUGUCUCCUUGCAUUUAAGACCAAUUUGCUGUAUAAGGGUUUGUGGAUUGGUCUGAUUUGUGGACUGGUGUGUCAAACUGGGGCUCUCUUACUUUUGACAAGGCGUGCCAAAUGGACUAAAGUGAAUCUCUCCAGGGAUAAAGAUGAAGUCCAACCACUUCUUAUUUAACUGAUUGCCUGCUAAACUGGGUCAAUAAAAGUAGUACAUGGAGUAUACUGCAUUUCCAUAUGGAAAAUUGAUCAAAACAUGUCAUGAAAUUUCUAAAAUAUUGGUGCUUAUAUUCAUUAUAAUAAGGGAAAAGAUAUUUGUAGAAACUAUAUGAGAUAUAUGUAUAAUUUGAACAGGAUAAGUUAGUAGGAUCAUGGUAUUAUUUAAUGGCUUGCAUUAGAAUAUGCGAGAAGAGUGAAAGUUUAUAAUUAUAGGAAAAAUGUUUCCUCUAUAUUAAUAUCCUGCUCCUGAUCUAUCUUUAGUUAAAUGAGUUGGAGGAUUUGGAGAGUAGGGGUGAUAUUGAGUUGAGAUAACCAUGUAACUCCACUUGGUCGAAGGAAGAAUAUCACGUGUGAUAUUGUUCAUGAAAUUAUCAACAAUGUAAACUAUUGGAUUUUACAAAGGGUAGCUUAUAACUUAUUUUAUUAUUUUUGGAUCAAACAAUAAUGAAAAUAGUUGUAAGAAAAAAAGCGAUGGUAAGUAUAACAUUGCUCUUUAUUAAUAAUUCAAGUAAUAUGAUAGAGCUAGGUGCAUGACUACAUUGAUCUAAAAAGGGAACUAAAGAAAGAAUCAAAAUCUUGUUUGUCCAAUGAAAAAUGCAAAUAAUAUCAAUGAACAAGAGGAGCAAGAGAAAACAGAAUGGUUUCAACGUUAGUAAUACUCAAACUGUUAAAGGUGUGAGGUCACACAGGACCAUGAAGCAAAGAACGGUGUGAAUCCUAUUAAUAAAGUAGAGCAAUAUUUAGAAAGAACAAUAAAACCACAAAUUCAUCUUUCAAUUUUUAAUCCAAAAAUAGACACUUCCAUUAGCGUGAUUGAUGACUAUAUAAGGUUCUAAUAAUGAAAAGCCAAGCACACCACACAUAUUAUGGUUGUUUCCAUUGGUGUAAUUAAGAAGCAAACCUUGACAUAAUGAAAAUGUCUUCUAACAAAGUUGCAUCAAUCCUCUUUGUUGUUGUGAUAGUCACCUUAAGAUACCCUCAGGUUGGACACGCUUUUAAAGAGGCAGCACAAGCUGAAGUAUACAUUCAAGCCACCACAUUUGCUCAGGCUGAACACGCACAACUGCAUGGAGAACCCCUGAAUGAUGGAUCAUCUAGACAUUGUUAUGGAAAGUGCACUGCAGGAUGUGUCAACCCUUUUCCCACUAACCCGGAACUCAAGGGCCUCUGUGCCAAGAGGUGCAAAGCUCAGUGCCAAAUUUGAAAGGCAUCAAGGGUAAUAUGAUAUAGAUUUUUUUAGUUGGGUGCAUUGUUUGUCCUCUAAGAGGAUAUAAGAUUUUCUCCUAUCACCUCCUUAUAACUAUGUAUUCUAGGGAAUACAAAGUUAUAAUAUUAAAGUUUUUUUUUUUCUCUUCAUAAACUUUUUAUAAAUUUGCUGGCUGAUGUGAAGAGAAUUUUUUUUUGUAAUAUUAUAAUUAUGUACUUUCUGAAGUACAUAGUUAUAAGGGGUAACAGGACAAAAUCUUAUAUACUAUGACAGGACAUCUAAUGAACCCUUUUUAGUUUUAACCUUGUUAUUUUUCUUUCUUGAGAAUAUUAGUUGAUAAUAUUAUAUAUGUAUUAGUUUG